GAGUCUACCAGUGAAGUCUAAUACACUAUGUAUCUCACUCGUGGUUCAUUCUCGUGCACAUUUCUCUGGAACGUUAUAUGCCUAUUGUUUACCAAUAUCCGUGCAUUGCCACAUUCUACACAGUCUGUCUUGAUCUAUCCAUUCCGAAACACUUCACUAUCAUGGGAUACUCGCGUGGACGAUUUGGUAGGCCGCCUGACGCUGAAGGAGAUCAUGUUGCAGAUGAGUAAGGGAGGUUCGGGUCCCCAUGCGGGGCCUGCACCACCCAUACCUCGCCUGGGCAUAGGGCCCUACAGCUGGAACACGGAAUGCCUCAGGGGAGACGUGAGUGCGGGGAACGCCACUUCCUUCCCACAAGCUCUCGGCCUUGCCGCCUCGUUCAGUACCGACGUUAUAUAUGACGUAGCAGAAGCCACUGGUGUUGAGGUUCGCGCCAAAUAUAACUAUUUUCGGAAGCGACAAGAGUACGGGGACCACAAGGGGGCGAGCUGUUUCAGCCCCGUUAUCAAUAUCAUGCGACACCCUUUGUGGGGACGGAACCAGGAGACCUAUGGAGAAGACCCCUACCUCAGCGGAGUCCUGGCUGCAUACUUUGUUAAAGGCUUACAAGGUCAGGACAAAAAGUACAUCAGAGCUAAUGCUGGUUGUAAACACUUCGACGUUCAUGGUGGGCCAGACAAUAUCCCUGUGUCACGUUUCUCCUUCGAUGCUAAGGUAAGUGAACGCGACUGGCGUCUCACUUUCCUACCAGCCUUCAGACGUUGCGUAGAAGCAGGAACCUACAGCCUGAUGUGCAGCUACAACAGACUAAAUGGGAUUCCCGCUUGUGGUAAUAAGCGCCUCCUAACGGAUAUCCUGAGGAAGGAAUGGGGGUUCAAAGGUUACGUGGUGAGCGACGAGGAGGCUAUUGAGAACAUUAUAGACUUCCAUCAUUACCUCAACAAUUCUGUGGACACGGUGGCUCUAUGUGUGAAUGCUGGCUGUAAUUUAGAAUUAUCAAACAACGAAGCAAGUCCUGUCUACUACUCUAUGAUUGAAGCGAUAGAAUCUGGAAAACUGACAGAAAGCGUUGUUCGGGAAAGCGUGAAACCAUUGUUUUACACCAGAAUGAGACUUGGCGAGUUUGACCCACCAGACAUGAACCCAUACGACCGUCUGGAUUUAUCCAACAUUCAGAGCGCAGAUCAUAGAGCUAAAUCACUUGAAGCUGCAAUGAAAUCUUUUGUUUUGUUGAAGAACGUCAACCAUUUGCUACCAUUUCAUAAAAUAUUUAAGAAAAUUGCGGUGGUCGGGCCCAUGGCAAACAACCUUGAACAGCUAUUUGGUGACUAUAGUGCGGACGCCAGUCCAUCAUACACUACAACACCUCUAGAUGGGCUAAAACAUCUCGCAGAAUCAACUAAUUAUGGCCAAGGGUGUCCUGACAACAGGUGUGUCCUUUACAAUGCUACACAAGUCAAGUACGCUGUGGCGAAUACUGAGGCAGUGUUUGUUUGUCUUGGAACAGGACAGGAACUUGAAGGAGAAAGCAAUGACCGAAGCAGUAUGGACUUACCAGGGAAACAGCUUCAACUUUUGAAAGACGCCGUACAGUUCUCAGGUAAUGUACCGGUUAUACUGCUUCUCUUUAAUGCUGGUCCUUUGAACAUUACAUGGGCUGAACAAAGUGGUCGCGUUGAUGCCAUAUUGGAGUGUUUUUUCCCUGCGCAAGCUGCAGGUGAGGCAAUAUUCCGUGUCCUUACUAACAAUGGCGACAAUGGCAACCCGGCGGCGAGACUACCAUUUACAUGGCCUCUUUAUGCUAGUCAGGUGCCUCCUAUAAGUAACUAUUCAAUGACAGGAAGGACCUACCGUUAUUUCCAGGGUGAUCCGCUCUAUCCAUUUGGGUUCGGUUUAUCUUAUUCUAAAUAUCAAUACUUCGACGCUCGGUUGCCACCCCAGGUUAUCGCUGGUCAUCCCGUAGGGGUACAAGUGGAGGUCGGGAAUAUUGGGCCAUAUGAUGGACAAGAAGUAAUCCAAAUUUACAUGGAAUGGAGAACGACAAAGACGCAAAUGCCCAAGUUACAGCUAGUGGCUUUUCAAAGAGUCUUCCUAAGAAUUGACGGCAAAAUAGUAACCAGUCUGGAAAUACAACCUAGGGACAUGGCUGUGUGGACGGGAAAUGCUUUUGUUAUAGAACCAGGUAAGAUGAGGAUCUAUAUUGGUGGACAGCAACCUAAGCAAAAGAUGAACGUACCCUCCAAUAUCCUAGUGAGAGAAUUCGAAAUUAUCAAUUCAAAACCCUGCUAUCAUUGGCAAUAAUGUGUUAAUCUAAUGGCAGCUUAUGAUUACCAGGCGCAUGCAAAAUGUACAAUUAUACACAAACAGUAAAGAGAUUACAUUGUACAUUGAUAAUGAAAUAUGAUAUUAUGUAUAUGAGAAAUGUAAUAUUCAUUUAUUUUGUUGCUUUUCAUAUAUUUCAUCGAAAUUUGAUGUGUACUUUUUGUUUGAUAAUUUCAUGAAAUCUAUUAAACUUUAUCGUUGACAGUGAAUUAAAAGGAAGAUCUGAUUGUAUAUAA